UUCACAGGCUGAUGACCGUGACCCCAUUAACCACAGCGGCGGGAAUGUGUGAUGGGACUGGAUUAAUUAUUUAAAAUAAGGACGAAAUGUUUCACGGGAUCCCACUGUGAUCUUCGCACACGUGUGUGUAAUUUUUCUUUUUUUUUUUUUUUUAUCCUACUCGGAGACAUGGAGAAAUAUCUGCUGUAGUGCAGUAAAGUAAAUUCACGGGGGACCCGGAGACUUCAUUUACUGCCUCCCUGAGACCUGGGCUUCAAUUAUUCAGUGUGUGGACAAGGAUCCCGGCGCUAAAACCACGGACAAAUUAACGCGUGUUUUCAGAGAGUACAGCCGAAGGCAACACACACAAAAAAAAUAAAUAAUAAAAGCAAACAAACAUCCUCCGUCAAUCCUGAGAUUCAGGAGAAAAUAUCGGCUCCGUGAUCAUUUACACAUCUCCAAUUAAAGCUCGGUUUGAAGCAGACGGGAGUAAAAUGGUCAAAAUUAUUGGCAGUUAUUUCCAGCAGCACAGAGCUGAGGUGCAUUCACAGUCCCUCUGUGAAAGUAAGUGAAUUUCUGAUGAGCGUCAAUAAAACGCAACGGUUGAUUAACGGAGCCGCGGGGAACGUUAUUUAUUUAUUUUAAUUUAUAUUGAUUUAUAUACAAUAAUCGGUUAUUGUAAUCAGGUAAUUAUUAUUUUGUAAUUAAUCUUUAUUUUAAAAACCAGCCGCCACGAUGUUAGAAAAUCUCCGAAAUUACGGCAGAGAAUAUUUAAAUGAGCAGAAUUAACAUUAACAUAAAAGUAAAUUAAAGGAAUUAAACUGGUAAAUAAAAAAAGGGGGUACGGCAGAGGGGGAGAUACUAAAUUUACUCAUUGUUUUUAAAAAAACCACAGGGACAAACGUUUGGUUUAUUUCUGAAUCGUUAAAAUUUGUUUGCAGAAAACAGGCAGCACUGAAGUUAAAAUGUGUGACUCACUGUGUCUACAAUCCUAAUCCUGGAGCUAAAGCAGCAGCGCUGUGUACGGAGGGGGAGAAGAAAAACAACCAUUUAACUGAUGGUAAACACGGACUAUACGACGGCGUUUGCUGGUAUAAACCUGAAGGUUUUUUCGUUUGGUGGACCUCGGAUCAGUGGACAGCUCCGGUCACAGACGCUGCUGCUGCUGCUGCGUUGCACCGACUUGGAGAUUGUGCCGAAAUGCCGCGGCUCUGAUUGGCUGCCUGCACUGACAGCUCUGCACAUGAUUGCAGGAGGACAAGCCCGACCCACUUUCACUCUUCCUACAGGAACCAUUCAUAAACUACACCAAGUCCAGCUCACAGCUGAGUGUGGACGAAAGUGAGCCGGGCCACGGAGCACAGAAGAGGAGUUGGAGGAGAGAUGAGUGGUCACAGACUGGUGUUGUAGUCUCUACAGACCGGCACAACGAAUGACGAGCCAGAACCCGAAUAUGAUUCUUCCUCAUCUGGCUGGAGAAGCUCAAAUGGACUGAUACCCAGCUCCUGCUAUUGCAUUGCAUCUCUAUCCGCUUCCUCCUCCUCACACUGACGUCCAUCCGCCCCAAUUGCAAAAAAAAGGAAGAAAAAAAAUAGAAAGAGAGAAAAACUUUGAUUUGACUAUUUUUUUUUCCUGCAAGGGGGAGCAUUUGCCUCUGGCUUAACCGGUAAGCAUUGGAUCCGUCAACCUACUGCGACUCUCCGGUGUACAGCCCGGACCUGUGCCCCAACAUGAUCGCGACGCAGGCGAAGCUGGUGUACCAGCUCAACAAAUACUACAACGAGAGAUGCCAAGCUCGCAAAGCGGCCAUUGCGAAGACCAUUAGAGAGGUUUGUAAAGUGGUGUCGGAUGUCCUGAAGGAGGUGGAGGUGCAGGAGCCCCGCUUCAUCAGCUCCCUCAGUGAGAUCGACGCGCGUUACGAAGGGAUGGAGGUCAUCUCUCCGAACGAGUUCGAGGUGGUGCUGUACCUCAACCAAAUGGGAGUCUUCAACUUUGUGGACGACGGCUCCCUGCCGGGCUGUGCGGUGCUGAAGCUCAGUGACGGCCGUAAAAGGAGCAUGUCCUUAUGGGUAGAGUUCAUCACCGCCUCCGGGUACCUGUCGGCCAGGAAGAUCCGCUCCAGGUUUCAGACUCUGGUGGCUCAAGCCGUGGACAAAUGCAGCUACCGGGAAGUGGUAAAGAUGGUGGCGGACACAAGUGAGGUCAAACUGCGGAUCAGGGAGAGGUACGUGGUGCAGAUCACGCCCGCCUUCAAGUGCACCGGGAUCUGGCCCAGGAGUGCAGCCCAGUGGCCCAUGCCCCACAUCCCGUGGCCUGGUCCUAACCGGGUGGCAGAGGUGAAAGCUGAAGGCUUCAACCUGCUCUCCAAAGAGUGCUACUCGUUGACGGGGAAGCAGAGUUCCGCAGAGAGCGACGCCUGGGUGCUGCAGUUCAGCGAGGCCGAGAACAGGCUGCUGAUGGGCGGCUGCAGGAAGAAGUGUCUGUCGGUGCUCAAGACUCUGAGGGACCGACAUCUGGAGCUGCCGGGGCAGCCGCUGCACAACUACCACAUGAAAACCCUGCUGCUGUACGAGUGCGAGAAACACCCGCGGGAGACCGACUGGGACGAGUCUUGCCUCGGAGACCGACUGAACGGCAUCCUGCUGCAGCUCAUAUCCUGCCUGCAGUGCCGCAGAUGUCCCCACUACUUCUUGCCAAACUUGGACUUGUUUCAGGGAAAGCCUCACUCGGCCCUGGAGGCUGCAGCUAAGCAGACAUGGAGACUAGCGAGAGAAAUCCUCACCAAUGCCAAAAGUUUGGACAAAUUAUAAACAAAAAACAAAAAAACAAAAAACCCGAAUGAUCCCCGACAGACUUUACUGGGAUAAAAACUUCAGAGAAGGACAAAGUCGAUCCUCCUUGCAAUGUGAAGAAAACAGAAACAG